CACCGCUAUCUUCGUUUCCGCUGUCUGGAUUUUGUUGCCGUCUUCCGCUAUUGUCGAAGCAGAGAGAAACAAGAACAGUCCCAUUUUCACACACUAAAAUAUUGCAAAUUCUUCGGACCACUUUGCCUUGUCGCUUCUCAAAUCCGUCUUUUUCGCCGUCGCCGUCGCCGUCGCUGGUCAUCUCCCCCACCCACUGCUAUCUUCCAUUUGUCCAACCUUUUUGUGGUAACUGAUUCUAUGGUUCUGUACUCAUUCUGUUUGCUCCUUGUACCUCUUGGGUUUUGAGGCUAGGGUUCUCUGAAGCCCUAGCUCUUGGGACAUUAUCUUCAUAUGGAUUACCGGCGGAGGUUUAUGAAGUUUGUAGUGUAAUCUUCUUUACGUGGGAUUUCUUUAUCCUGGUUGUUGUUGUUGUUGUUGUUGCUAUUUAUUUGAUUUUGAAAUGAAGAGGUUGAAAUCUUGCGACGAUCUCGACUCGUACGCGGAGAAAAAUCCGGGUAAGGAUCUUGUGUUGAGUCGGUCAUCGUCUUCACAUCGAGUAUUUUAUCAUAAAUCCGAGGCUAUACGGAAGAAUCUGUCGUCUUCGUCUGGUAGAUAUUAUCGGGAUCGAUCAGGGGAUGAGGAUCGGGAAGGUUUGAGGCUGGCGCGUAAGCGAUCAGAUUAUGACUUUGAGGGGUUUGAUCGGCGAAAAGGAUUCGAUCGGUUUCGGGAAAGUGGAGAGAGUAGGGGCUAUGCUGGUAGUAGUGGCGGUGGAGGUGGAGGUGGAGGAGAUCGUAUUGCGCCUCGCAGGUCGGAAAGCUACUCUGGGUCUCGCAGAGAGUACCCUAAAGGGUUUCGAUCAGAGCGGGACAGGUCUGGGAGAGAAGGUAGUGUAUCUUCUUGGCGGAGAUUUGGGAGUUGGAAUAAAGAAGUUGAUGAGGGAGCAAGAAGCAGAGGUGGGGGUGUUGGAGGAUUGGAAGAGAGAGGGAGUGCGAGGAAUUCUCCCAAGGGAUUGAGGGAUGUGAAAUCACCGUCUCUGUCUAAAGAUUCAAGUAGUGAGCAAUCUAAGUUAAGAGCCUCACCUAGUUUGGUUUCAAGGGGUGUGAGAGCCCAAGAAUCGAAGUCCAAGUCACCAACAUGGUCGAAGGACUCGGAGAGCGAGCAAUCGAAGAGCGUGGAGGUGAAGAAGGAGGAGGAUCUGCAGGUUGAAAGUGGGAAUAACAGUGAAAUGGAGGAAGGAGAAUUAGAGCCUGAUCCCGAUGCAGAACCUGCACUUGCACCUGAACCUGAACUGAAUGUUGAACUCGAACCUGAGCCCCAAUCCGAAAUUGGAUGUGAAGCUGAAUCAUUUCCUGAGAGUGAAGAUAAAUUGGCAGCAAUAAAGCAUUUGGAAUCUGAUAAUGAUCAGGGGGAGAUUAAAAGUGAGAAUCAAGUUCAAGAUCAGAAAGAUAGUGUUGUAGGAGAGGCUGAAUUGUUGGAUAAUGGCAUGGAUGUGACUAAAGAAAACGAAGCUUGCAGCGAUGAAGCUGGUUUAUCAGAGAGUCGGAAUGUAUCGAAUAAUUUGAGGAGUUGUACUAAGGAUGAACUCGAUGUCAUGGCUGAUGAAGGUGACAAGUUGGAAGACAGUUUAGUUGAUGAAAGAGAACGACGUAAUGGAGCAGAUGAAAAGGACUCUUUAGGGACUUCGGUUCACUUGGAUGAGAAAUGCAAGGAAAGCAAGGACAUUGAUCUUGAAAUUAAGACUAGCGAUUUUGAUGAUGCAGAUAAAGAGGUAGAAAAUGAAUCAUCGGACGGCGUGAGAACAAAAAUUACCGAGGCACUGACUCAAAAUUUUAGAGAUAAAGGAAAAAGUGUGGCUGUUUGUUCUUCAAGCUCCCAUGCUGCAUAUUCUGCAGAAGAUGGAGCAUGGAUAGACAGAGAACAUGGUGCUACUGAAAUCUGUAGGGACAGUGAUAUGGAAGGGCCAAGUACCAGGGGGUUUGAGUUGUUCACAAGAUCUCCCGUUAGAAAAGUCGAGAAACUGGAUGAAUCUGGUGAUAGUAGGCAGAGGGACCAAAAGCUCAUGCUCGAGCCCUUUGAUCUUUCUCUAAGCUUACCAAAUGUUUUGUUACCUAUUGGUGCUACUGGCGAUCCAGUUGCAGCACCCAGUUCCCCAAGUCGAGGAAGAAGUGUCCAGUCUCUUAGUAACACUUUUGGCACUAAUUCGGAUGGAUUUGCCCCGUCAAUGUCUUUCUCAGGGUCUCACUCUUUCUUUCACAACCCAAGCUGUUCUAUGAAUCAGAAUUCAAUGGACAACUUUGAACAAUCUGUUGGAAGUCGUCCAAUAUUUCAGGGAAUUGAUCAGGCUUCUCAAGGAGCUUGGGUGGGACAGUCACAAAAUGAGUCUAAGUCGAAGGAACUUCCCUUAUACCAAAAUUUUUUGAUGAACAGCAAUGGCUGCAUUCAACCAUCUCAAUCAUCACAUGGUAUUUCAAACGUUCAAACCAUUCUGGGUCGCCCUGCAUGUGAGGAAGAAAGCUCAAAAGUUGUUAGUGGACUGGAUAGACAAUUAAGCUUUCAUAAACAUUUGGUCGGUAAUUCAAAGUCCAACGAUGACAAUAGAUCGUCUUCUCUAAGGGUAGGAUCUCAUGAUGGUGGAUUAGCUAUUAAUUUGGAAAAGAAGAGAACAGUGAAAGAGAGCAGUGGUAGUUUAUAUAGAACUGGUAGUUUGAAGGAACAGGAAAAGCUUCUUAUUGAAGCCGUAGUUGCCAGACUAAUUACUGAACCAGUGGAUGAAAUGUCUAAGAGAUUUAAUGAGAUGACAGGUCAGUUCAUAGAACAUCUGAGAGCAAUUAUUUGUAAUAUCUUGUCCGAUGCAGACAAACGUGGUCAAUUAUAUGCUAUCCAGAAAGCACUGCAAAAUAAGUCGAACAUCACAAUGGAUAUGCUUCUUAAAUGCCAUCGAGUACAGUUGGAAAUCUUGGUUGGCCUAAAAACUGGUCUACCAGAUUUCCUUAAGGACACAAGUGCUGUUGGAUCGUCCGACUUAGCCGAGAUCUUUCUAAACUUAAGAUGCAAAAAUAUGACAUGCAGGAAUCUUUUGCCUGUGGAUGAGUGUGAUUGUAAAGUUUGUGCACCGAAAAAUGGAUUUUGCAGUGCUUGUAUGUGUCUCGUUUGUUCAAAAUUCGAUAUGGCAUCUAAUACAUGUAGUUGGGUUGGCUGUGAUGUUUGUCUUCAUUGGUGCCAUGCGGAUUGCGCCUUACGUGAAUCUUACAUUAGAAACGGUCCUAGUGCGAUGGGGGACCAUGGAGCAACUGAAAUGCAGUUUCAUUGUGUUGCCUGUGAUCAUCCUUCAGAGAUGUUCGGGUUUGUGAAGGAGGUUUUCCAAAAUUUUGCUAAAGAUUGGACGGCUGAAACUUUCUCCAGGGAACUUGAAUAUGUUAAAAGAAUUUUUUCUGCUAGCAAAGACGUGAGAGGGAAACAACUUCAUGAACUUGUUGACCAUAUGCUGGCAAGAUUAGCCAAUAAGUCGAAGCUUCCUGAGGUGUACACUCAUAUUAUGGCUUUCAUUUCUGGCGCUGAUUUCCCUAAGUUAGGCAAGACACCACUUCAAGCUGGAAAGGAUCCAUCAAAAAGCAGCAACGUAGUUUCAGGAUCAUGUCAGGAAGCUCCAUGGUUGAAAUCCAUAUAUUCUGAAAAAGUCCCCCAAAUGGAAAGAUCCGCGAAUGCUCUUCCUAGUCUAAACUAUGAACGGAGCGACAAACGAGUAAUGGAGCCAGAAUUGCAGCUAAGUUCUCACAGGGAGCCCCUUUUUGAUGAACUGGACAGUAUAGUUAGAAUAAAACUUGCCGAGGCCAAAAUGUUUCAAGCACGAGCGGACGAUGCUAGAAGAGAAGCAGAAGGUUUAAAGCGCAUUGCUAUUGCAAAAAACAAGAAAAUAGAUGAAGAGUACACAAGUAGAAUUGCCAAGUUGCGUUUGACAGAAGCUGAUGAUAUUCGCAAACAGAAAAUCGAGGAACUCCACGCUCUAGAAAGAGCUCAUCGAGAAUACUCUAGCUUGAAGGUACGGAUGGAGGCAGAUAUUAGAGAUCUCCUUUUGAAAAUGGAUGCUACAAAACGGAACCUCCCAGUGUGAUUGGUAUAACUGGGAUUCUUUCUGCCUCAUCUCGUUGGAAGUAUUUCAAAUUUAUAGGCUUAUAUAUUUUCAAUCCAUCGUAUUAGUUCUUCUAGGUUCUACCCUCUAUUUUUGUACUGCUAACUAAAGUCUGUACAGCGACUUCAACAGCAUUUGUUCAUGUAUAAACAAUGCCAUCUAUGAAAGCAAUCCGAAAGAAUUUUAAUCGGGUUUUCGUCA